AUCAUUAUCUCCUCUUGUUUGGAUUUUUUUCUUCUUUAGGUUCGUAGAAUAGUAGUAAAUAAUAAUGUUUGAUAGAAAAGCUUAUAAAAUAUUUCUGAACCUUAAUUUUAUGUUGAAAUAGAACGUCACUUGCCCAUAAAAUGCUCCCAUGGCAGCAUCAGGUUAGAGUUGAAUCUUCCCUUUAGCUCGCCAUGCCUUCCGAGACCUGCGCUGCUUCCUUCACCUACUUCUUCUUCUUCUCGUUCGCCAUCUCGGCCGCCCAGCAAACCGAUGCCGUCUACUGGUCGCCGCCCAACGUGGCUGUGUCCUUCCGCCCGAGCGUCGCCCUCGUGAUCGGGAUCUUCGCCCUUAUGUUCUUCCUCACCUUCCUCCUCAUAUACGGCAAGGUCUGCCACUCCGCCGCCGCCGCCCACGCCACCGACCUCCUCGUCGCCGACGCCGCAGGCCAUGGAAGGUUUAUCCUGCCCCAGGACCGCUUCUCCGGCAUCGACAGGACCGUCAUCGAGUCCCUACCCUUCUUCCGCUUCUCGUCGCUGCGCGGCGUCCGCGACGGCCUCGAGUGCGCGGUCUGCUUGUCCAAGUUCGAUGACGCCGAGGUCCUCCGGCUGCUGCCCAAGUGUAAGCACGCGUUCCACGUCCGCUGCGUUGACCGCUGGCUCGAGGCGCACUCCAGCUGUCCCCUAUGCCGGUGCAAGGUCAACGCCGACGACGACGGCCUCUUCAAGUACUCCACCAGCUCUCGCUUCCUGUUCGCCUCCGACCGGCUCGAGGCCAGCGGCCGCGACCUCGAGUUGUUCGUGGAGCGGGAGCCCAACGACGCCGGCAAUCUCCGCGGCUCAUCAGGAUUCAGCAUCAGCAGUAGCUUCCCGAAUACCGACAAGUGGCGGGAGUUGCCAACGCUCGAAGAAGGCGCCAGUGGCGGCCGAAUCCUGCACCAGUUCAAGCACAAGAUCAUCGUCUCCGAUGUCGUGUUCAAGAGCCGGUGGAGCGACGUGAACUCGUCCGACUUGAUAUCCUUGGACCUGGAAAUGCUAUCCGGUAAAGACGUGGUCUGGAAUGUGGAGUCAACGAGAUCAAGCGCAUCAGAGGGAAAAGCUUCAGCUGAUGACAAACUACUGAGGAUUAAGGAAGAGAUGGAGAAGAAGAGACUGCUCGAGAUCAAAGCCAGCCAGAUCAACAAGAACAACUCGAUGUCUGUUCCAAGCAUUUCAUCGAGCGGCACCAACACGAGAGCUCUUAUUUCCUCAGGCAACAGAUCGAUGUCGGAUAUCACAAACGUAUCAAGGUUUAUGCAGCUCAAAGAUCCCGGCAACAGCGCAACCCAUGGAGAUGAAGACGAGAAGGCGAGGAAACUCUGGCUGCCGAUCGCGAGGAGGACCGUGCAAUGGUUCGCGGGAAGGGAGAGGAGGUCACAGAUGCAGUGCAGCAGAAGAGAGUCCACAGGUGUUUGAUUCGGGACUCGUCAUAUUCCUUGCCAUGUCGCUGAAUCUUAGCAUCAAAGACGAGCGGUGUUCGGCUGCAUUCUCUCUGCUUUUAAUUGGAGGAAGCCACAAACAAAAGCUUUGCUCGUGUCAGUAUACGACUCUUCGAUCUGUUCAUCUCAGAACAUAAACAAACCUUGAAGUAAUGAAAUCAAAAUAUAAAUAUAUAGCUUCUGAGAACGAUCAAAUCCUUUUAGAAGAACUGCAUGGUAUAGAGUUCCGGAUUAGGGAUCAAAUUAGGCUUGGAGAGGCUUGAGAAAGAUCAAAGUCAGGUACAGGACGAUGAUAUCAUGGUUUAGACAUAUCAAGCACCUGCCGAAGUCAAGCAUGCCAUGAUUUAGACAUGUGAAGCACCAAAGGCAUGCAUCUGCAGCUGGGAUUUCAUUGCCUCCUCUGUUCGGUGAUGUUGACGGAUGGGGUGAUGGUUGUGUUGGCGUGAUGGUUUGGCAUACGAAGUGUUGUCUGUGAAGGUAGCUCCCUUCUAUACGGAGGGUGAGAAUCGAUGGGGCCAACCCGUGCGUGAA